AUGGCGUUGAGCACCCAGAGAGCCUCUGCUUUUCAUCCUUCAGCUCAUCAGUCGGCUCCUACUCAAUGGAACUACGAUGUGUUUUUGAGUUUCAGGGGUGUAGACACUCGAAAUAGCUUUGUGUCCCAUUUAUACUACGAAUUGCAGCACAGGGGCAUAAAAACAUUCAAGGAUGAUCCAAAGCUUGAAAGAGGGAAAACCAUUUCUUUAGAGCUCCUCAAAGCAAUCCAAGAAUCAAGGCUUGCAAUCGUUGUUCUCUCGCCAAACUAUGCUUCUUCUUCCGGGUGCUUGGAUGAACUUACAAAGAUUCUCCAAUGCAUGAAAUCCAACGGCACAGUUCUGCCUGUGUUUUAUAAUGUGGAUCCCUCCGUUGUGCGAAAACAAAGCAGCAGUUUUGCAGGGGCGUUCGCUGAGCAUGAGAAAAGGUUUAGGGAAGACAUAGAAAAGGUGAAGCGCUAG